GCACGACCUCGAGCAGAGCACUAUAAAUUGGAUGCCGCCAUGUGCAUAUCGCCUCAUCCAACUCACAAAGCAUCGUGUAGUGUUCUCUGCACAUUAGGUCGAUCGAAGCAAUGGCUGUCUUCACCAGGCCGGCCUUCCUUGGCCUCGCCGUCGUCAUCCUCUCUGUUCUCGCCGGCGCGGCGAACGCGCAGCUCUCGCCCAACUUCUACUCCACGUCCUGCCCUGGGCUUGCCGGCAUCGUGCGGUCGGGGAUGGCGUCGGCCGUGCAGACGGAGAAGCGGAUGGCUGCCUCCAUUGUUCGCCUCUUCUUCCACGAUUGCUUCGUCAAUGGAUGCGAUGGCUCGAUUCUGCUCGAUGAUACGUCGACCUUCACCGGGGAGAAGAAUGCCGGACCGAACGCGAACUCGGCCCGUGGUUAUGAGGUGAUCGACGCCAUCAAGACCCAAGUCGAGGCGGCCUGCAAGGCCACCGUCUCCUGCGCCGACAUCCUCGCGCUUGCCGCUCGUGAUGGAGUUAACCUGGUCGGAGGCCCCACCUGGAACGUGCCGCUGGGGCGUAAGGACUCGCGCACGGCCAGCCAGAGCGCGGCCAACUCCAACCUCCCAGGCCCCGGCUCCAGCCUCGCCACCCUCAUCUCCAUGUUCGGGAACAAGAACCUCUCGCCGCAGGACAUGACGGCGCUCUCCGGCGCGCACACCAUCGGGCGCUCGCAGUGCCAGUUCUUCCGCAACCGCAUCUACACCGAGACCAACAUCAACGCCAGCUUUGCCACGCUGCGACAGGGGACGUGCCCGCGCUCCGGCGGCGACAGCAACCUCGCGCCCUUCGACGUGCGAACCGCCGACGGCUUCGACAACGCCUACUACCAGAACCUGGUUGAGCAGCGCGGCCUGCUGCACUCUGACCAGGAGCUCUUCAACGGCGGCUCGCAGGACGCGCUGGUGAGGCAGUACAGCAACACCCCCAGCAGGUUCUCCGCCGACUUCGCGACAGCCAUGGUGAAGAUGGGCAACCUGCUACCGACGUCCGGGACGCAGGAGAUCAGGUUAAACUGCAGGAAGCCCAACUAAGGACAAGCGAAGUUUGGAAAUGAUAUCCGGUUAUAUAUGCUAUAAAUGCACGAAGUGUGCCAAUAAAUUUCUUGGAAAUACAGGUAUAUUGGUUCAGGUUCUCGGGUAAUCAGUGUAUGGAAGAAUAUAUGAAGAACGAGAUGUACAAACACUCGUUUGCUUAAGUUGUCCGGGGCAAAAUUUCAAACUGCAAUCAAAUCAUCAAUACAGAGAAAAAUGAUAAUAUGAUACAUACAGUAUUCUGUUUGUUA